AUGGAGGAGGAUAUUCUCCUCAAACUGGAUAACAUAGAGCUUGCGGAACAUGAAGCCGCGACUAUCCCGAUAAUUACUUCAGAUAUUCGAAAAAGCGCAGAUGAAUGCAGUCGGAGCUUAUUCGAAAAAAUUCAUGGUACAAAAAAGGCCAAUAUUGCAGGACUUAGGCGAGCCUUAAAUCACUUAUGGCAAAUCAGAUCUUCGGUCUCAGUCAGGGAACUAAACCCUAAUUAUUUCCAAUUUAUCUUUUCCGACAAAGAAGACAAGGUGAAAGUCAGUAAAGGUGCCAACUGGACUUACGAAAACCAAUAUCUGAUCCUCCAAGAGUGGGCUGAAGGAAUAUCAGAAAACCAUCCGGGAUUCCAAGAGGUGGACAUUUGGGUGCAAGCUUGGAAUAUUCCCCUACACUGGCUAUCAUCUGAAGUGGGGAUUAAACUCGGAAGUGUUUUUAAACAGGUCAAAGACGUAUCGGUUCCCCAAGGAGGCAACCUCGCGGGCAAAUGCUUGAGACUUCUGGUCACUCUUGAUGUAAAUAAACCCCUUCUCAGAUGCACUCAUAUCCAAUUGGAGGAGAAGAAGAUACUAGUCCAGUUCAAAUACGAGCGUCUGGUCAGCCUAUGCUUCUAUUGCGGACACCUGGGACACUUAGAUAGAAAUUGUGAUAAGAGGAUGGCAGACAUAGCAGCUGGUAAUCUAAGAGAAGGUCUCUAUGGAGACUGGCUCAAAGCCACGGAAUCCUUCUUCUCCCACCAUAUUAACUCCUCUCACCCCAACCCUAGCCCAUUAUCCUACACAGACAACCCAAUUAAUACCCUUGGAUUCCUCAAAUUCCAGGCUUCAGACCUCAAGGUAGAAAUCCCAGACCAAGCAGCUUCACUCAUGUCUACCAGCUAA